AUGAGCCGCCUCGUUAUCAUUAUUCACUCACCGCCUUCUUCUCCACCACCACAAGAACCCCCAGCCAAACGACUCAAAACUUUUGUCGACAAAGGUAAGACCAUCAUCGAUCUUGACCCCGAGCAUACCCCCUGUCCCAGCCCAUCUCCUGCACCUACAUGGAAGGACAUCAAAGUUGUCGAGACUUCUAUUAGGCCAGUACCUCGCCACUCACUACAAAUUCAAGCACCUUCUUCCGAUGAAGAUGGACCUUCCACCCGCCCUUCACCACCAUCUACCUCUCGUUCACCCCCACCCACCAUCAGUUGGAUCGAUAGUGACCCGGAUGACUUGCCGCCCUCUCCUCACCCUCAGCCAGUGGAUGAUUUGCCUGACUCUGAUGGAAUGGAAUCCGACCCUAGUGAGGAUUCCCUUCUGUUAGAGUUUUAUUUGUAG